AUGGGUAUUGAAGCAGGCGGCGGUACUAAAGACCUAGACGCGCGACUUGGCAUAGGUGGUCAUAGCGCCUCGCUUAGAUUAGUCGCGCACCCUUCCGUCGAAAUGCCUACGUCCGGCGAACUUCUACUCAUCGACCUCACCAACCAGUCCAAGCAUCCCCGAGUCUUUUCGCAAACCGUCAAGAUGCUCAUCCCCAAGGCCGACCGCAAGGCGAUCCACGAGUACCUCUUCCGAGAGGGCGUACUGGUCGCAAAGAAGGACUUCAACCUCCCCAAGCACGGAGAGAUUGACACCAAGAACCUUUUCGUCAUCAAAGCUUGCCAGUCUUUGACCUCCCGCGGCUACCUCAAGACCCGCUUCUCAUGGCAAUACUACUACUACACCCUCACCCCUGAGGGUCUCGACUACCUCCGUGAAUGGCUCCACCUCCCCGCCGAGAUCGUUCCCCAGACCCACAUCAAGCAGCAACGCUCUGCUCCUCCCCGAGGCAUGCUCGGCGGUGACGACCGUGAGCGCCGUGGCGGAGGCCGUGGUGGCCGUGGCGGUGACCGUGGCGAGUACCGCCGCCGUGACCAGGGCGAGAAGGGUGAGGGCGGUGCUCCCGGUGAGUUCAAGCCCGAGUUCCGCGGUGGAUUCGGACGUGGCCGUGGUGCUGCUCCUGCUUCUUAA